AUGGUGCUGCAAUCGGGACCCUGGGUUUUCAACAGAUUCGCUGUGGUGCUCGAAGCUCUGGAUAUUAACGUCCAUCCCUCAAAGGUGCCUCUUACCCGACUCCCCUUUUGGGUUCGUGUGUUCGACUUACCAUACAGUUGCUGGUCUGAGCAAGUCGCUAGGGCGCUGGGAGGUGCUUUUGCAGGUUAUAUUACAAGCGAUCGGCGGGGUAAUAAUCGCCUUGGUGCUUACUUCCGGUUUAAGGUCUGGAUAGACGUUACUGUCCCGCUGCGUAGGGGACAGGUCUUAGCACUUGAUGAUGGAGGACAGUUAGAAGUGUUCUUUCAGUACGAAAAGCUGCACAACCAUUGCUAUAUUUGUGGCUUUCUUGAUCAUGUGGCAAAACACUGUGACAAGGGUCCGCUCGCACCAGAGGAGGAGGCUCCGUAUGGCGGGCUCCGUGCAGAGGAGUAUGACAGAGACCGUGGGUUUUCAAACAAGAGUAGCAAACAAAACAGGUCUUCUGGCAGCGGUGUGGAACAGACCACAGGGCACAAGGAGGGGAAACCAAUUGCCACCCGAGAGGAAGAUGAUGUCUAUGAUGGCUUAGCUGGCGAGUUCGAGGAUUAUGAGGAAGAUGAUACUGAGAUUAAUCCAGAAGCUGUCUUAGAGGGAGGUCUAGAUGGUAAAACAGAGCUUGAGAACCCGGGAGAUAAACGGAAAACAUCACAGAAGCUCUCCACAAGUGGAGCCAUGAACAGGUCGCACAGUGGCGACGGAGGGCCCUCUAAGAGUUCUACUCCGAGGGGGACAAAGUGGCAAAGGAAACGGUCCGGGAACUCAUCUUCUGCUCCGGACCGGUCAGGAACGGGGGCAACACCUCCUCUAAAGAAGAUGAACACAGAGAAUGGAUUGGGAUCGGCGGAGACUGCUAGGCAGUCCCGCCCACCUCAAUGA